AUGGCAUCUACUUCUAUCCCAAUUGAAGAGUAUAAUAGCGAACAAAAAGAUUUUCCUCUACACAAUAGAGAGCAAGUAACAAUGAUAGUGUGUUCACCCAAUUUUAAAUAUAUUGCGACACGGAGAUUUCGUGAUAAAAAUUUUGAAUAUAACCAUAUUAUAAAAUCUGAUAAAAUUGUGGGCUUUAAUACGAAUGGAACUUUAGUAAUUAAAAAAUUAAUACCUGAUAAAUCUGAUACUUGGAUCUCCUAUUUAAGAGAAAUAUUGAAUGAUUCCAACAGUAUUUUCAUGUCAUCAGAUAGUGAAAAAAUCAAAAAUUUAAUUAGACGUGCAGAUGACAAAAGUAAAGAAACAACUGACAAGACAGUUAUUGAUAAAAGUAAAAAAAUAGUUGGCAAGUCGACUAAGGAUAUUGGUAAAAGUGAAGAAAAAACUGCUGAAGUUGAAAAGACAUAUUCAAAAUAUUUUAUAACUUGGACUUUAAAGUAUGAAAAUAAUAAAAAAUAUAUUAUACUUACGGCAAAAUUUAAAAAAGAUAAUAAAAAAGACGACGAAACUAAAUCAGAUAGUAUACAGAUUGUUCCAGAAUUAUAUAUUAAAGCCAUUAUGAAUAAUAAAGAAUUUAUAAAUGAAUGCAAUUGUCUUAAUAACG